AUGAGUCAAAUGACAUUGAACGAUUUCAAAACGUUAUGUGAGUCUUUAGAAACUCGUCUUGGAGCAGCGGAGGAUGUUUUAGAUGAGAUUCAAUCCAAGUCGCACCAAGUCAAAACGAUUCUUUCACAAAAGCAAAAUGAGCUUCAGUUGUUGACGGGUGUUCUUCAGUCCUCUCACUCGCAGAUCUCCACAAUAAAGCAGUUGACUGAGUCUUCUAUGAACAAGUGGGGUGCUAUUUCACAGUCCAUUUCUACCAUCACCACAUCAGCUCACAACGCCUUUCUCGUCGAAGAAAAGAAGAUCCAAAACGUCCAGAAGACUCUCGAAGAUUCCAUUCAGUUCGCCGCCGCUGUCGGAAUGAAAAGUGACGAAACGGCGUUCUUUGAAAUCAUCUCACAAAUUAAAAAGACUAAUGGACGGAUCGCUCAAUUCAAAUCUCUUCAAACGUCUCCACUCCAAUUGGUCAAGAAGGACGGAAUCUUCCAAAUUAAAGUUCGAGAAAAUGUACCCGUCAUGGGAAGUCGGGAAGGGUUUGAAUCUGAAGUGAAGAGGGUUUUAAAUAUCGAGGAAAGUUGGGGGAAAAUGAAAAAGGAACUUGAAAUGCUGGAACGAACGAAUGAGAAAAUCAAGGAGAAGAAAGAAAAAGUAGAAAAAAUGAAAAGCGAGAUUGAGAAAGGCGGAAAGAUAGAACUUUUGGGAACGAAAAAUACAGGGGUGAAACAAACUACUUUAUUACCAACAACAGUUACCCAACCUAACACGCUUACAACUCAAAAUACACUUUUAUUGGAUCGGUUACAAUCGAAGAACGAACUAACACCGAUGGGAUUAUUUGGUUCUCAAAACAAGGACCCACUUGCAAACGUACCGCCUUUUCCAAAAGGGUUUGCAGACAUCACACAAACACCAACUAAGCCCACAACUCAACAACAGAGCGAAAAACAGAAAGAGGUUCAAAACCCACCUGUGAACACUUCCAAUCCAUUUGAAAAUUUUGUCUCUUCGUCAAUAGACACUAAAUCCAAAGAAGACAAUACAAGUCAAAACAAUAAUAAAAUCGCCGAUUGGUUGUCAAGUUUUAAAAAAGAUGUACCUAAUGCCCAAACAACUCAAACCGAGACUUCAACACAACCCCAACCCAACACUCAAGUUGCUGUUCAAACACAAAAAAGUGAACCUCAGCAACCGAGUUCGAAUACAUCAACUGCCAAUCCACCACAACCGAACCAAUCUAAUACUUCACUUACUGUCCAAACACAACCAUUGGUUAACAAUACAACACAACAACCACAAACAAAUACAAUGAACCCACUUUUUACUCAACCAGCAACAUUAACAACUACCACUAACCCAUUGGGUGUUCAAAAUCAGGCAAAUACGUCUAAUCCUCUCGGAGCUCAAACACAACCAUUAAUCAAUACGACACAACCACAAACGAAUACACAGAAUCCACUUUACACCCAACCAGCAACUACCACUAACCCUUUGGGUGUUCAAACUCAAAUAACUAUGUCGAAUCCACUUGGAGCUCAAACGGGCAUUAAUCCAAACGUAAACUAUGCUCAACAACCUAAUACUCAACAACAAACAAAUUAUAAUAACCCAUUGGGGGUGCAAACUCAAAUUAAUAUGUCGAAUCCACUUGGAGCCCAAACGGGGAUAAACCCAAAUGUUCAUUAUGCUCAACAAACUAAUACCCAAUCUCAACCCAAUUUUUUCAAUACUUAUAAACCAGAUUACGCUCUCUUCCAACAAAGCUAUGCCCAACAACAACAACCACAACAACAAGGUUCACUUGCUGCAUUUGCACAAAACCAAAAUCAAAUCAUGAACGUACCUGACACACUCCAACAACGUAAUCAAAAACUUUAUAGGAUGGCGGGUGGAACUGUUACAAAUCCUUUCCAUUAA